CCGUUUAUCGUUCACGUUACUCGGGAGUUACGAUGGUCCAGUCAAGGGACGUCUUUCUAGCCCUGCUUCUUGUGAGCUACACAGUUUCCUUGGAUGUGCAGAUAACCCCGAGUCACGGUGAGAUUAGUCUCGGAGAGUCCAAGUUCUUCAUUUGUGAAGUGGUUGGAGUUCCCAAACAUAUAGACUGGUUCGGUCCUAAAGGCGAUCGGAUAGAGCCCAACAGACAAGACAUAACAGUAACUCGUAACGAUGAGUCAUCGUCCACACUCACACUGUACAACGCUGGAGAAGACAAUGCAGGGACAUACAAGUGUGUGGCCACCAGUGGAGAUCAGCAAGCAGAGUCCACCGUCAACGUCAAAAUAUUCCAGAGAAUCACCUUCACUAACGCUCCAUCACCACAGGAGUUCACUGAAGGAGACAAUGCCAACAUCGUGUGUGAUGUGACCAGCUCGCCCCCGCCCACCGUCUUCUGGAAGUACAAAGGAGCAAGAAUACAGAUGCAUAAAGAUGUUCGGUUUAAAGUUCUGCCCAACAACCAUCUUCAAAUCCGUGGGAUAAAGAAGACGGACGAGGGCUUGUACACAUGCGAGGCUCGGCAGUUCGCUCGCGGGGAGAUCGAUCUGCGGGUCAUCAAGGUGGUAGUGAAUGUACUCCCAACCAUCAGAGUAUGGCAGUCUGAGGUGAAUGCCACAGCAGAAGUUGGAAAUACAGCCAUGUUGACAUGUGCUCCGGAUGGCUAUCCUGAACCCAUGGUCACAUGGGCAAGAAAUAAAGUGGUUCUUGAAGCCGGUGAAAAGUACAGCUUUAAUGAAGAUGGCUCAGAAAUGACGAUAAUGGAUGUGUCUAAGCUGGACGAGGGCGAAUACACCUGCAUCGCCACGAACAAGGCUGGAGAGGCUGAACAGGAGCUCAGUCUGAGAGUGUUUGUCAAACCUAAGAUCACAUACAUCGUGAAUCAAACCAGCUCCGAGAUGGAGGAGCACGUCACCCUGACAUGUGAGGCAUCGGGCGACCCCACACCCACCAUCAGCUGGAGUUCUGGUGAGCACGUCUUCACUGAAGGAGAGCAGGCACAUCUUAACAGGAUCUAUCAGGCAUCAUGGACUCGGCCUGAGCAACACAAGAGCCCAGAUGGAAAUGUAGUAGUAAGAAGUGAUGCUCGGGUCUCCUCUUUGACUUUAAAGUAUGUCAAGUACACAGACGCUGGACAGUACAUGUGCACAGCACAGAGUCCCAUUGGAGAAGACACAGCAGCAGCGUAUCUGGAGGUUCAUUAUGCUCCCAAGAUCCACGGCACAGUGGCAAUGUACACAUGGGAAGGCAAUUCUGUGAACAUGAGCUGUGAGGUCAGGGCCUACCCCAGUGAAGUGUCUAUUAUGUGGCUGCGCGAUGGACUCCAGCUGCCCAAUGCAAACUCGACCAACAUCAAGAUCUUCAGGACCCCCACCUCCAGCUACUUACAGAUAAUGCCAGAGUCAGAAAAUGACUUUGGGAGCUACAACUGCACAGCCUCAAACGACAUGGGAACGGAGUCCAAGGAGUUUCUUCUGAUUCAAGCCGACGUCCCAUCAUCCCCCUCUGUGAGUGAGGUACGGCCCUUCUCCACCACGGCACAGAUCCAGUUUGAGGAGCCUGAGUCCAGCGGCGGAGUGCCUGUUCUGAGGUACAAGGCAGAGUGGAGGCCUCCUGGGAGUGCCCGCUGGCAUCACAAGGUCUUUGAGGCCCAGGAUGGCAUUGUCAGUGAGAUGAUCAUCACAGGCCUGAAGCCAGAGACCAACUAUGAAGUCAGAUUAUCAGCCAUCAACGGGAAGGGUGAAGGGGAGAGCAGCCCUCCUGAGUUCUUCAAGACAGAGCCAGUCCGAAACCCCAAUCCUCCAAAGCUGGAGUGGAGUCCUCAGCCCAAAGGCAACUCUCUCCGAGUGGGCUGGAUCAAACAGGACGAUGGCGGCUCACCUAUCCUACAUUAUCUCAUCCGUUACAAACCUGUUCAGGCAACAAAGUGGAAACCUGAGAUCCGUGUGCCCAGUGACAGUGACUCUGUGGUGCUCAGAGGACUUGAAUGGGACACAGAAUACAAUGUGUUUGUUGUGGCUGAGAAUCAGAAGGGCAAGUCCCAGCCAGCAUCCAUGUCAUUCAGAACCACGGUAGAACCAGCUGGAGUACCAGAUCUGGGCGAGGAGACAGUGCUCAAUAUGAACACUAUUCUCUGGGCGGGCAUCAUAGUUGUAGUAUUUAUACUGCUCCUGCUGGUUGUGGAUGUCACCUGUUACUUUGUCAACAAGUGUGGCCUAAUUAUGUGCCUUUGUGGGAAGUCAGGCACUGGCACUAAAGGACACAACCUGGAGGAGGGCAAGGCUGCAUUCAUAAAAGAUGAGUCUAAAGAGCCAAUUGUUGAAGUUCGCACUGAAGACGAAUGCACGGCCAAUCACAACGCAGCAGGCCCCACAGAGCCCAGUGAGACCACACCCCUCACAGAGCCAGAGCACUUUUUCUCAGAUGAAACAGGCAAACUGGAGGAGGCCGAGUUAACAAACGCCCUGGCAGAGAUCUCUACAGGACACAACAGUAUCAUACAGACUGAGAGCAAAGCAUGA